CGUAUAUAUCACCAUGAUACGCUAUAGUAGACCUAUAGCAGCAGUAAUCAAGCCAUCGGGACUUACCGUCAGACUACCCAAAAACAUUAUCGCAGACGAUAAUAGAAAUAUUAACAUCGCACUUAAACCAAUACGCAAAGAAUUGGGAAUACAUAAGGCAUCGCAUGACCCGAAAACAUCUCAUACGCACCCAAGUGAUCCUGAAAAACUAGAAGAGGCUAAAGUUAAUCUUAAAAAUAAAAUGCACAAGAGUUUAUGGUUAACCAUGAAAAAAAAAGAUGCACCGCAAUUUUAUAAUCUAGAAAAGCAGAUCAGAGCUAGUAAUAUAAAUAUGGACGGUAUAACAUAUACACUACUGAUACACGGAUAUAUCAUGUUCAAAGGACAACAUGGACCGUACCAAGAUCUACUGGAUGAAAUGAAAUUGCAAGGCAUACACCCAGCACUCAUCAGGUUCAACGCACGCAUAGCAGCGUCCUGCGUGGAAAUGCACGGACAUGGAGCCAAGCCAGAUCCAACCAACGUAGCACAAAUGGCAAGAGCAGCAUGGUUAGCAGCAGUGCUCAUUACCAGGAGAUACCCAACACAGGAACAUAUAUUAAACAUGGAAAAACGAAUUGAACGGGAAUAUAAUCUUGUCAACAAAAACUAUGGCCUGGAAACACUAACGUCACGUAAUGCUGAUAAACAGUAGUUAAUAUACCAGACUAAAAAAAUAGAUAUUAAUCGGUGU